UAUACAAUGUCAGAUACAACAACUACAAACAAGAAUAGUAAUAGUAAGGGAGGACAAUUCGUUUCAACGACAUUCAGAAAGAAAUGGGCAGAUGAGGAAUAUGAACAGAGAGCAAAGGAUAGAGAGGCAGGUCUGAUAGGUGAUGGAGAGGUGGCAGUGGAACAGAAGAAGACAUUGAUAAUGCCAGCAUCGGAUACACUCACUCCAUUCCAAGCAAGAUCAGAGGAUCUCAAUCUUGUCAAACGUAUUGGCAAGGCCAAUGUCAUUGAUGGCGUCACUCCAAUGAACAAUCAAGGUGGCUUCUACUGUGAGCUAUGUGACUGUCUAAUGAAGGACUCUGUAGGAUGGCUAGAUCACAUUAAUAGCAAGAGACACAAUAGGAUGGAGGGAAAGAGUAUGAGAGUGGAGAAGGCAACGUUGAGUCAAGUGAAGAAUAAGUUAAAGGCAAAGAAGGAUGAGUUGAAUGCAAAGAAGGCAUUAACUGAACAGGAGAAACAGAAGAAGAAGGAUGAGGAGUAUCAAGUUAUACUUAAACAGAUGGAGGAGAAGGCCGAGCAGGAGAUUGAAGAGAAGAGAUUGGCAAAGCUGAAACAACGUGAACAAAACAAGGCAAAAGCGAAGGAGGAUGCAGAGAUCGAAGCACAACUAAAGAAAGAGGAGGAGCAAGAGGAGGAGGAGGACGAGGAGACAGCACAACUUCGAGCGAUGGGAUUGCCAACAAACUUUGGAUCAUCAAAGAAGAAU